AUGGGCGACGCAUCACCUCUAGAACCAGAAGAGCAUUCGCAUGAAAUUCCAGCUCAUUUCCACCACUCGCCGGUUGCCCGCGCCUCCCCGCGGUUACCUCAAGCCAUUGCUCAUCGAGGGUUCAAAGGCCAAUAUCCCGAGAACACUCUAUUAUCAAUUGACGGCGCAAUCCGGGCAGGUGCUCACGCCCUCGAGCUCGACCUUCAUAUCUCCCGCGAUGGGAUCGUGGUGUUAUCACACGACCCGAGCCUCAUGCGCUGUUUUGGCAUCAAGAAGAAGGUCGCCGACUGCGACUGGGAGUAUUUAAAAACUCUGCGAACUUUACAAGCCCCCCAUGAACCGAUGCCUCGAUUGGUCGAUGUGUUGGAAUACCUAAGACAACCAGGUCGGGAGAAUUUUUGGAUCUUGCUAGAUAUAAAGCUCACCAAUGAACCCUUCGCUAUAAUGGAAAGAAUUGCCAAAACCAUCGAGUCAGUCCCUAUGCCCGCGAUCGGCCCCGACUGGCACCGACGAAUCGUUCUCGGCUGCUGGUCUGCACGAUACCUACCCGCACGAGCAAAGCACUUGCCACGGUAUGCAGUGACGCUCAUAUGUUUGGACUUGAGCUAUGCGCGCCAAUUCCUCCAAGUACCUCUUAUAUCCUUCAGUAUCAACCAAAUGAUCUUGAUGGGCCCGCUAGGGCGAGGGUUUUUAGACGAGGCGCGCGCAGCCCGCCGUCGAGUCUAUGUUUGGACGGUGAAUGCGCCGAACCUAAUGCGUUGGUGUAUCCGACACGAGAUCGACGGCGUCAUUUCCGACGAGCCCGGUCGAUUCCGGCAGGUCUGUGAGGGCUGGGAGAAGGAACAUAAAGGUGUAUUGAGUGUCCCGAAUCCCAAUUUAGAUCGGAUCACUUUCAGACAACGUAUCCAGAUCAUUGCUGUGGCGCUUUAUGUCAUUUGCUUUGGAUGGAUCUUGAAGCGCAAGUACCUUACUCCUGUUGAGCGACUAGAGUUUGAGGAACACAAGUCGAUAUAA